AAAGAGAGAAAAAGAGAGAGAGUGAGAAAGAGUGUGUGUGUUGCCAACAGCUAUUAUACUUGCUGAGAUCUUGUUCGUAAACUAGUGCAAACCUUUUUGAUAAAUAAACAACUUUAACAGAUUUCGCUGUUUACUAAAUAACAAUGACUAAUUCUAUAAGAAAUCGCGAUACUGCGUAAAAAGGGUUGCAAUUGUUAUCUUACCGAUUAUUUCCAGCUUGUCUGGCGUAUAAUUGAUAACACCGCACAUACCUUUACACAUAUCAUUUUAUCAUUUUAGUUAUUUACAAGUUUUACGCCUUUAUGCAGUUCUGCGUUCAGUAAUGCAGAAGUAGAUUUCCUUCUUCCUAAUUAGUGCAUACACCAACUUGUGACGGGUUUAUGUGUGCCAUAAAUGUGAAUCGAUUCCUCUAGGACGAAUACUGUACCCGAAAUAGUAACACCUUAUGUAUAAUUUAAAAGCAAUGUGAUAGAAAUUCGCCAAUGAAGACAUGGCUUCGAUGCACUGAGUAGUAAACGCGAAGUGGGAGUGAACAUGAUUUCAUACAUUUACUAAAGAGAUAUCAUCGUCUUUCAUUUGAUUACGAAAGAGUUCGAUAACGAUGAAACGUAUUUGCAUAAUCUACAUCGUGCGCGAUCGUGACGUUCUCUAAUUCUUAUGUCGACAGAUAAAUCGGACCGGAAGAGGAGGCGCGCGUAUCGUCUGCCCACUCGUGACGUAGCAGCCGCUGCCGCCGCGCUUUCAUAGAGCAUCGCCACUCGGGCAGAGCCAUCGCCACGGCAGCACCGCCAACGCCAGCCUUCUUCGCUAGUCUCACCGCCAGAUGUCGCUGCGCAGCUGACCAUCUGAGCUCGCGAAUUCUGGCCGCGUCGCCGUUCGUCGCCGAUCUGGAUACGACCGAGUCCGAUCGCGGAGUCCGAUCCUCCGAUACGGAUUCGGUUUUGUCCGGUGACCGUUGCUCAAGUAAACAUGACCGACUUUUUCUAUGCGAUCGUCUACAACGGUUCGGGCCAGCUGUACGGCUGGCAGGUGAUUCUCGAGACUGUCGUCAUCGUCGUCGUCACAUUCUUCGUCAUCGUCUUCAACAUCCUCGUCAUCGCCGUCAUGAUGACGACGCACGGCCUGCAGGACGUCGUCGGCUACUACCUCGUCUCGCUCUCCGUCGCCGACCUUAUCUGCGGCAUCCUCAUCACACCGCUGUCCGUCUACCCAGCGAUCGUGCAGCGAUGGGUAUACGGCGACAUUGUCUGCAAGAUCGAGUCCUUCGUCGAGAUCGUGCUGUGGAGCGUCACCGUGUACAUGUUCAUGUGGAUCAGCGUCGACCGCUACCUCGCCGUACAGAAGCCGUCGCGCUACGAGACGGCGUCGACGGUCGGCCGCUGCAAAUGCUGGAUCGCCUUCUCGUGGCUGGCGUCGAUAGCGCUGUCCUGUCCGCCGCUCGCCGCCGUCUCGCCGGCGAAUUACUACCUGGAGGCGUCCGUCUGCGUGCUCGACUGGAGCCACAUGUCGGCGUACUCGGUCACGAUGGCGGCGCUCGUUGUCACACCCAGCUUCAUCACGAUCGGCUACACGUAUGUCUACAUCUACGUACGCAUCACCAAGUACAAGUGGAUGACGGCCGAGAAGAAGAAGGAGUGCGAGUGGGCGCCGAGCUCCGAUCCGCCAUACGGCAACGCCAAUCACAACUUGACUUGCGCGAUCACGCUCGCCUUCGUGCUCAGCUGGCUGCCGUGGCUGCUGCUGCAGGUGUACGAGAAGGCGGCCGGCCCCGUAGACAGCCCGAUGGUGCAUUUCGCGACGAUGUGGCUUGCCAUCGCCAGCGCAUGCUGGAAGUUCGUCAUACUCGUCGUCAUGAACUCGCGAUUUCGCAAGGGACUCAAACACCUGUGCGACGGAGAUAGGUAAUAAAGCGCCCCGCAGCGCGCGUGCGCGCGUGUGCGUGCGUGCGUGUGCGUGCGCUCCAUAGCGAAACGUCGGUGUGCGUGCGUUCCCGCGGCGCGCGUGGAUGCACCGUGAAGGAAGCGCACAUCGUUAACCCUUUCCCCCUCCCCCACAUUGUUAUAGCGAUAUACACUGUUGUAUUCCUACGCAAUCACUUCCCCGUUCUUCCACGACGACCGUCAAUAAAUCGCCCGCAGUGAGUGACAAUGAAUGAUAUCAGUCGGGGGGCCGUGUUCGCAGCAGCAGUGACUGCGGGGCGACGCAGCCGAACCCCCUAACGCAAUAAGUAGACGGGCCCCCGUUCUUCGCUUCUAGCUAUAUUAUACAGCCGACGCUGCGAGCGCCAACGCAGUCGUUCGGAAAUGUUGUGUGUGCGGAGCCGGUUGUAAUGUCAGCGAAUAUCGGUUGCUAUCGUCAUGUGUGUGUGUGUGUGUGUGUGUGUGUGUGUGUGU